CUGAUUCUUCUUGUUUAUUGGAAAUUUCAAAGCAAAGCCAAAGAGGUCUCACUCUCAUUGACCCCCCCAAAACAAAACAAAAAAUGGCGGUGGCUGGUCUUUACCGGAGAGAGCUUCCCUCUCCCCCUGCGAUUGAGUUUGCUUCCCCGGAAGGCAAGAAACUGUUUGCUCAAGCUUUGGGAAAUGGAACCAUGGAAGGGUUUUUCAAGCUCAUCUCUUACUACCAAACGCAAUCGGAGCCGGCCUAUUGUGGGUUGGCCACUCUUGCCGUGGUUCUCAAUGCCCUUGCUAUUGAUCCCGGAAGAAAAUGGAAAGGGCCAUGGAGAUGGUUUGAUGACUCGAUGCUUGAUUGCUGUGAGCCUUUGGCGAAGAUCAAAGCUGAAGGCAUUACAUUUGGGAAAGUUGCGUGCUUGGCGCAUUGCAAUGGAGCUGAAGUGGAAGCUUUUCGGACCCAUGAGAGCUCGAUUGAUGAUUUUCGGAAACGUGUGAUUUCGUGUACUUCUUCGGAGGAUUGUCAUGUCAUCACUUCAUACCACAGAGGUGUCUUUAAGCAGACUGGAACUGGUCAUUUUUCACCAAUUGGGGGCUACCAUGCUGCAAGAGAUAUGGUUCUCAUUUUGGAUGUUGCGAGAUUUAAAUAUCCUCCCCAUUGGGUUCCUCUUUCACUUCUUUGGGAGGCGAUGGAUACUGUUGAUGAAGCAACUGGACAUCGUCGCGGGUACAUGAUUAUUUCAAGGCUUAACAGAGCACCAUCUAUCCUAUACACUGUGAGUUGCAGACAUGAAGGUUGGAACAGUGUUGCAAAGUACUUAAUAGAAGAUGUUCCUCUACUUAUGAAGUUGGAAGGAAUAAAAGAUGUUCAGGAAGUAAUCUCUGUUUUAUUCAAAUCACCACCUGCCAACUUGAGAGAGUUUGUCAAAUGGGUUGCUGAAGUUCGGAGACAAGAGGAUGGGCAUUUGAUCUUAAGCAAAGAGGAGAAAGGAAGGCUAGCCAUUAAGGAAGAGGUAAUGAAACAAGUAAGAGAGACAGAACUCUACAAACAUGUAACUCGAUGGUUGGCUUCUGAAAGCUCACUUUGUAAAGAAACCACACCACCAGUUGGUAAAGAUAUGUUGCCUGAGAUUGGUGCAAAGGUCUGCUGCCAAGGAGCAGAAAUUUUGCGUGGGAAAGUUGGUUCAUCAAAUGGAACGUGCUGUACACCAACUGAUGUUAAACUCUUGAAGUCCACAGGUGAUAAUCCUGCAACGGUGGUGUCAGGUAUUGUAACAACUGAUGGCACUGAACAAGGAGUUGAUGUGCUGGUUCCCUCAUGUCAAACGGAUCCAACUAGCUUGUGUUCUUUCUAUCAAGGUAGCUGCAUAGGCAUGCAUCCAUCUACAGGUGAUGUUCUCACAGUACUUCUAUUGGCGCUGCCUCCACUCACAUGGUCAGGCAUUAAAGAAGAGAAGCUACUGGCGGAGAUUAAUGGUCUUGUAUCAACUGAUUGCCUACCCACUUUGCUUCAAGGGGAGGUGAAUUCUCUCUCUCUUUCUCUAUCACUCCAUUGUUUAAUCAGGUUCUGUUCUUGCGACGGCAAAUUCACUUUCUCAUGACAGAUUAGUGGAGUAGCUUGUCACUCGUAACUAUACAUUUACUUCUGCUUUUGUUCUUGAAGCAUUUAUUAACUAAGCAUACCAAACAAUGACAGUUUUGAAAGAUUUGGUGAAAUUUUUCAAUUUAUCA